AUGUCCAAAGCAGCUGUCAUAGAGGGCUGUCGUAUGGUGUUGGAAUGUCGGCGCGACCUGUGCUGCACCAUUGGCUGCAAGAUGAGGAGAGGGGUGCAGUGCCUGUCAGGACCGUGCUGCCAGAAAUGCCAGUUUGUGAAAAGAGGCACAUUAUGUAGAAGCAGCUCCGAGGACGAGUGCGAGUUGAAGGAAUAUUGCAACGGCACCUCUGGGGAGUGCACACCCGACCUCUGGGUCAUGGACGGGCAUCCCUGCAGCAGGAACACCGCCUUCUGCUACCAGGGAGUAUGCCAGACAGCCGACAAGCAGUGUCAGAAGGUCUUUGGCCAAGGUGCCAAGAACGGGCCCUUGGCCUGCUACGAAGAAAUUAACAGCCAAAGGGACAGAAUGGGACACUGCGGCUCCAAUCGCCGUGGUUACCAGCAUUGUGCAUGGAAGGAUCUCCGAUGUGGGAAGCUUGUGUGUGAAUAUCUGGGCUCUAAGCCCUUUACCAAGGAGAAGGCUGCCGUGAUUUACGCUCGGGUGCAGAACACGCUGUGUGUAACGUUAGACUACAUGAAGCCUCCCACAGAGAGGGACCCCAUGCUGGUGAACGAUGGCACCGUCUGUGAUGACCACAAGAUCUGCCUGAACCAGCAGUGUGUGCCUGCCACUGUCCUGAACUAUAAAUGUGAGAUGAAGACAAAGUGCCACAAUCACGGUGUCUGCAAUAACCAAGGGAGCUGCCAUUGCCAGCCCGGGUGGAAACCACCAACUUGCCAGGGGAAAGCAGGGGCGAUGGGCGGGAGCGGCAGCAGCCCGUCCAGAGAUGAUGAAGCAGACGUCGGGAGCGAGGGCUCACCAAAACUGUGGCUGCUUCUGACCUUCUGCCUCUUUGUCCCUGUUGCCGUCGGACUCAUCCUCAUGGCACUAAGGAGAAGCGGCCCAAGGCGCUGUCCCACCACGGAGGAGUUGGAUGAAGACAAAUGUGGCCGGUCGAAGCCACGGGAGUCGGAGCAGGUGGUCGGGAGGUGA